GCGGACGGCGAGGCGAGCGCAUCGACGGAUGGAAUCGUUUUCGGGGGAGGCGGCGGCCCCCAGGCCAUCGUAUGUUGUUAGUGCUGAUCCGGUUGAAAGGCCCGUUGGAAUCAACGUUGAAGACAUUAAACUUGAUCUCUCCCAUGAAUUUUCCUUUGUUGCAUCCAGUUGUAAAGGAAGCAAUUUGGACUCCAAAGAACACCUACAGAUUUGCCUUCGAAUAAGGCCGUUUACCCAAUCAGAAAAGGACAAUGAUUCUCAGAGCUGUGUGAUCAUUCUUGACUCGACUAGCAUCGCCCUGAAGGAUCCCAGAAAUGUAAUGGGACGGCCGAGUGAAAAAAGUGGACAGAUGGCCCAGAAAUUCACUUUUUCAAAGGUUUUCGGCCCAGAAACUACACAGAAAGAAUUCUUUGAAGGUAGUGUGAUUCAACCGGUGAGGGAUUUCUUGAAGGGACAGAGUCGUCUGAUUUUCACUUACGGAGUAACGAACGCGGGAAAGACAUUCACCUUCCAAGGUACAGAAGAGAAUCUUGGCGUCUUGCCUAGGACAAUGAACAUGUUGUUUAAUAGCCUCCAAGGUAAACUGUAUCAAAAGAUGGACUUCAAGCCACAUAGAAGUCGAGAUUACUUGCGGUUGACUCCGGCCCAGGUGAAAGAAGAAGCUGCCCUUAAAAGCGCACUGCUUCAACAAAUUAAAGAGGUAGAUACUCAGAACAGCAGUUGGAAUACCUCUGAGGGAAACUUAAUGAACUCCGUGAAUGUCUCAACAGAUCUCGAAUCCGUGAAAGAUUGUGAACAGCACAGUUUGAAUGCAGAAAAUUAUGUCAAAUUUUCUGUCUGGGUUUCUUUUUGUGAGAUUUAUAACGACUGUAUUUAUGACUUAUUUGUUCCCGUGUCAAAUGACAAGUUCCAAAAGAGAAAGGUGUUACGCCUUUCUCAAGACAUAAAAGGCUGCUCUUUUAUAAAAGAUCUCCAAUGGAUUCAAGUUUCUGAUUCCAAGGAAGCAUACAGACUUUUAAAAUUAGGAAUAAAACACCAGAGCGUUGCCUACACCAAGCUAAACAGUGUCUCCAGUAGAAGUCACAGCAUAUUCACUAUCAGAACAUUACAGAUUGAAGAUUCGGCUGUGCCUCGGGUAGCACGAGUCAGUGAAUUAUCCUUGUGUGAUCUCGCCGGUUCAGAACGUUGUACGAAGACCCAGAAUGAAGGCGACAGAUUAAGAGAAACAGGAAACAUUAACAUUUCUUUACUGACGCUGGGCAAGUGCAUUAAUGCCUUAAAGAAUAGUCAGCAGUCAAAGUUGCAACAACACGUGCCUUUUCGGGAGAGUAAACUCACUCACUACCUUCAAGGCUUUUUCAGUGGUAAAGGGAAGAUAUUCAUGAUCGUGAACAUCAGCCAGAGUUGCUCUGCCUAUGAUGAAACCCUCAAUGUGUUGAAGUUCUCAGCAGUUGCACAGAAAGUAUUUGUUCCAGACCCCAUACAAUAUUCUCAAGAGAAACUGGUCAGUCAGAUCAAAUCUUCCAGAGACGUGUCAUUCAUCAUUAACAACGCCAAGAGUAAAAUGUCAUUGGCAAAUACGAGAAACUCCAUAGAAUGGGAGAGGAGUCUUGAGGAUGUCUGGGAAGAUGACGAUCUGGAAGCAGAUGUAGGUGAAACUGAAGAAAGCCAUAUGGAAACGGAGAUCCAAGAAGAGGAGUUAGAAGAAAAUUUGGAAGAGGGGAGCGAUGAUGACUUUAUCAUUAGCAAAGAGAAAUACAAGAAACUAAUUGAUGUAAUAGAAGACCUGAAAAACAAGUUAAUAAUGGAAAAAAGGGAAAAAUUAAUUAUGGAACUGCAAAUCCGUGAUGAAGUCAUCCAGUAUUUUUCUCAGCGAGAAACUGAUUUUAAGGAAUGCCUUCUUCAAGAAAGAGAGCUGCUCGAAGAAAGUUCUGAACGGCGCUUGGCAAUCUUAAAGGAUUUGGUUGACAAGUCUAGAGCCUCAGAAGAUGUGGCUACGACAUCUGAUGUAGAGGAAACUUCUGCUUGUUCGGAACAAAAGCCUCAUCAGAUGACACCUAAGUUAAAUGCAGCCCAAGAAUUGACAGAGAGACCAAACGAGUCUGCUGAUGUUCACACCUUUCCUGAAGAAAUGCAAACCAGACUUUCUGAAAAAGAGACCGAAAUUAGAGCUCUGCAAGAAAAAAACAAAGCACUUGAAAGUCAUUUAAUGGUGCUCGAAAGCGAACUUAAAAGUGAAAAGACAGCGAAAGCAGAAUUGGGGGAGCAAAUGGCAAAUUUACAAGAGGAACUCUCUUCCUCAGAAGACAGGGCCUUUAAGUUAAGAGAAGAGAUGCAGCAAAUUCAGUCUAAUUAUGAGAGAGCAGUUUCUGAAUCUCACCUCCAGAAAGUUACAAUGGAAGAACAGGAAGAAAAAAUUAUGAAACUCUCCGAAGAGGUAACCGCUUCCAGGCAAAGUAUCACGGACCAAGUGUCAGCAGUCAAAGCAAUACAGGCCAAAAUAGACCAGCUGUGUAUGUUGGGUUCAGUGGCGCAAACUGUAAAGGGAGAUUUUACCAGUCUAAAGGACCCUCCAGAAGAUUCGAUGAAAACCAACGACCCUUGUUCCAACACACAGGAUGAAGACUCUAAUGUUGGAGGUAUAAGACGAGCGAGUUCUUUCCACUGUAGUAUUGAAGCCAUUUGGGAAGAGUGCAAGGAGAUGGUGAAGACCGCCUCCCAGAAAAGACAACAGAUCCGGGAAUUGGAACAGCAGAUGGAAAAACUGCUCAGAGAAGUGAGAAACCAUGAAGAUGAGAACAACCAACUCAAAUUGAAAAUAAGAGAGACUUUGAAUCAGGAGAGCCUUCUAAAGGAAAAAGAAAGGCUUGUUAACCAGUUAAGAGAACAGUUAACAAACCAGGAGGCCCUUCUAGCGGAAAAAGAAAGUCUCGUUAACCAACUUAAAGAAAAAAAUACGAAUCAGGAGAGCCUUCUGAAGGAAAGAGAAGGUCACCUUAACCAACUAAAGGAAAAAUAUACAAAUCAGGAGGUCCUUCUAAAGGAAAAAGAAUGUCUUAUUAACCAACAAAAAGGACAAAUUCAAGAAAAAGGAGACAAUCUUGACAUUGAAAUCCAGAAUGCGCUUAGAGAAAAGCAAGCAUUUUCAGACCUUGAAAAACAAGUUACCAGCUACAAGGCAAAAAUAGAAGAAAUGGAAAAUAUUUUAGGAACCAGGAGAGCUAAUGAAAGCCAUCUAGCCAGGUUAGAACAAUUGGUUCAGGAAAAGGAAUCUCACAUUUUAAAGGUGGAGACGCAUCUGAAAGAUUUGCAAGAAAACCAUCAGAAUUCAAUCAAAGCCAUCAAAGAGCUAAAUGACAGAGAAAUCAAGUUGAAAGAGGAAAUCAACCAAUUGACAAAUAAUUUGCGAUCUGCUAAUGACUCACUUCAGUUAAAGGAUAGAGAAAAUGAAACCAGGAUGCAGAAAACACAAAAGUUGGAGGAGGAACUCUCUGCUAGCUGCGCUGUUGCCCAGAAUUUGAAAGCGGAUCUUCAGAGGAAAGAAGACGAAUAUGAAGAUCUGAAAGAGAAACUGGCUGAUGCCAAAAAGCAGAUUCAACAGGUAUCUGCAGUAUGUGAAGAGGAGAAAUUAUUGAGGAGCAAAGUUAAUGAUCUAGAGAAAAUUAAAAAACAAUUUGCUCAGGAACUUAUUGUCAAACAACAAGUCAUUCAACAACUUAAGGAUCAGCUGAAGAACGAGAAGGCGGAAGAGACCGUCGAGCAGUACCGCAGCGCAUGCAAAGAUUUGAAAAUUAAGGAGAAGAUUAUCGAAGACAUGCGAAUGACGUUGGAAGAACAGGAGCAGACCCAGCUGGAACAGGAUCGAGUGCUGGAGGCUAGAAUGGAAGAAGCCGAAAGGCUGGCGGCAGAACUGGAAAAGUGGCAGCAAAAAUAUAAGGAGUUGGAGACCAAGAGCAGAGAUGAACAGCGAAAGACAUAUCAAAACUGCGAGGAGACGAACACCGCGACACUCAGUGAAGAGCUUAUCAAGUUAAAAGAGCAGUUGGAGGAAUCUGAAAAGAAGCAUACGGCCGAUAGAAGGAAAUGGGCAGAAGAAAAAAUGGGGCUUAUCACUCAAGCAAAAGAAGCUGAAAACCACCGAAACAGAGAAAUGAAAAAAUAUGCCGAAGAUCGAGAGCGCCAUGCGAAACAACAGACUGAAGUGGAAAGGCUUACUGCUCAGCUGGCAGAGAAGGAGACCGACCUUCAGAAGUGGCGUGAAGAGCGAGAUCAAUUGGUUGCAGCCUUAGAAAUACAGCUCAAAACUCUGGUAUCCAGUAACGUGGAGAAAGAUAGUGAAAUCGAGCAACUCAAAAAGACAAUAUCAGAGAACCUGGGUGAUGCAAAUAGAACGAAAGAACUGAGUACACAGUUGGCUGAGAGAGAAAAUGACAUUAAGAAGCCCGAAGAACUAAUUUGUCGGGAGAAAUCUAAUUCUAGAAAAGUAACAGCAUUGACAGAAGUAGAGCAGAAUAAUAUGGAAGAGCUCCGUUGCCCUCAACAGGAAAAGCAAACCGCGGAUGACGAUAAAGCCGGACAGACUAUUCCUAUUAGCUGCGACACAGUUGAAAACUCAACUAAAUCAUUACAGUGUCCAAGUAAUGCAUCUUCCCUGGAUGAAACUGGGGACAGUCCAGAUUUAGUUCUUGAGUCUUCUGAAGUGUCUACUGAAAAUGGGAAAACUAGCCGGUUUCCAAAACCAGAAUUAGAAAUUCAGUUUACGCCUUUACAACCUAAUAGAAUGGAAGUGAAGCACUCCAGUAGCACUUUGCCAGUAACGGUUAAGAUCACCAGAUCAAAGAAGAGGAAGAGUCACGAGAUGGAUGAGGAAUUUGUUAAAAGUGAAAAUAAGAAGAAUACUUCUGGAACUAAUUUGAACUCUCCUUUCUCAAAGUUCAGUUCUCCUGUCCAGAGGGAGCAAAAGAGUACCACUGCACUCUCAUCAAAAAAGGGGCAUUCUUUACAGAAACAAACUACUCUCCGCACCGACUCAGCGUCCGUGAAAAAAGAUGGAGCACUACAAAAGCUUGGAAGCUUCUUGCAUAGUUCUCCAGCACUUCACUCGAAGGCCAAGAAACUGAUUGAAACAAUAAGCUCUCCGAAGUCUACAGAAGUGGAACCGAGUAGCAGAAAUAAACCCAGGACAAAGAGAGCCAAACGAAAGCUGUAUUCAACGAAUAUUUCCUCUCCUUUAGAUAUUCCUGGUCAGGUGAUAAUUUGGGAUCAGAAGAACAAAGAAAGUGAUCACCAGACCCUCAAACGACAACUCCGGCCCAGGCUAGCCAAAUAACUUUGAAGUGGAUAACAUUUUAAAUUCAAUUCUUAGUGUGAUUGAUUGGGUCAGUUUUCUCUGGCUUUAUCAUUGUAAGUUGUAUAAUAAUUUGAUCAUGCUUUAACUAUCUUUGUAAAGGUGCCUUUUAUACAUGUACAUAUAAAUAUACUGCAAUUAAAGAGGAAUGUUUCAAGAAA